GAAAAGCCUGAGUGGUGUGUUCUGUAUGUGAAGAUGACGUGGUAUCGGUAGCUGGGCUGGAUGUUUUACACUGGAUCACUGAAGCGCUGGUUCGGAGGGCCGGUUAUGGUCCGCGGUUCGUUAAGGCGGGCAGAUAUGAUCCUGACCCGCGGAUAGAGGGAGGAAACAGCGGUUCUGGACCAGGAGAGCAAACGCUAGCGAGACCAGGCUAGCGCCAGAAACAGGGAUUAUCAUGACGGUGAGGCUGGGCCGCGGGUGUGUCAUGGAGGCUUGUCUGUUGCUUCUGUUCCUUUUGCCACAGAUCGGAUGGGCUGUCAGUUACAAGCAAGGCGAUCCUGUGACUCUUUAUGUUAACAAAGUGGGUCCUUAUCACAAUCCCCAGGAAACAUAUCAUUAUUAUACGCUGCCUGUCUGCAGACCUAAAGAGGUGCGUCAUAAAGCCUUAAGUCUUGGAGAAGUGUUAGAUGGAGACCGGAUGGCAGAGUCUUUGUACAAGAUUCACUUCAGGGAGAACACUGAAAGACAGACCUUGUGCCAACUCAGUCUCACUGAGAAAGAGGUGGAUCAGUUGAGGGAAGCUAUUGAGGAGCUUUAUUACUUUGAGUUUGUCCUGGAUGAUGUUCCUAUCUGGGGAUUUGUGGGAUACAUGGAGGAGAGUGGGUUUCUGCCUCACAGUCAUAAGGUGGGAUUAUGGACUCACCUGGACUUCAACAUUGAGUACAAUGGAGACUCUGUGAUCUUUGCCAAUGUGUCGGUUAAGGAUGUGAAGCCAGUGCCUCUGGAGGAGGGGGGAGGUGGAGCAGGUCAUGGGGCGGGGGGCAGCACUGAAGGACUCACAGUGACCCACACGUACAGCGUGCGCUGGUUCGAGAGCCCCCUGCCUCAUUCACGCAGAGCUGAGCGCCUCCGAGAUUACUCCUUCUUCCCAAAGACGCUGGAGAUCCACUGGCUGUCAAUCAUCAACUCGCUGGUGCUGGUGGUGCUGCUGCUGGGCUUUGUCAUCAUCAUCCUCAUGAGGGUGCUGAAGAACGACUUCGCGAGGUAUAAUGUAGAGGAAGAUGGCAGCUGUGAUGAUCUGGAUCAGGGAGAUAAUGGCUGGAAGAUCAUUCACACUGAUGUCUUUCGCUUUCCAACUUACAAGAGCUUGCUGUGUGCUGUUCUGGGAGUGGGAGCUCAAUUUCUCACUCUGGCCACAGGAAUUAUUAUCAUGGCACUGCUGGGGAUGUUUAAUGUGCAUCGCCAUGGUGCCAUAAACUCUGCUGCAAUUGUGCUGUAUGCUCUGACCAGCUGCGUAUCAGGAUACUGCUCCUGCAGCUUCUACACCCAGAUCCACGGCCAGCGCUGGGUCUGGAACAUCAUCCUCACCUCCAGCCUCUUCUCUGCUCCUCUCUUUCUGACCUGGAGUAUAGUGAACUCUGUUCACUGGUGGAGUGGUUCCACACAGGCUCUCCCAGCCUCCACUGUGCUCCUGCUGCUAGGAGCCUGGGUGCUCGUGGGCUUUCCCCUCACGGUCAUUGGGGGAAUUGUGGGUAAGAACAGAGCCGGGAGCUUUCAGGCUCCCUGUCGCACCCGAAACAUCCCCCGGCAGAUCCCCCAGCAGCCCUGGUAUAAACACACGGCCGUGCACAUGGCCAUCGGAGGAUUCCUACCUUUUAGUGCCAUCUCAGUGGAGCUGUACUACAUAUUUGCCACAGUAUGGGGUCGGGAGCACUACACCCUGUAUGGGAUCCUGCUCUGCGUAUUUGCCAUACUGCUGUCGGUGGGGGCCUGCAUUUCCGUGGCCCUCACGUACUUCCUGCUCUCGGGCGAGGAUUACCGCUGGUGGUGGCGCAGCGUCCUGAGCACGGGCUCCACCGGCCUCUUUAUAUUCGUCUACUCUCUCUUCUACUACCACAAUCGCUCCAGUAUGAGCGGCCUGGUGCAGAGCGUGGAGUUCUUCGGGUACUCUUUACUCACCGCCUUCGUCUUCUCUCUGAUGCUGGGGACCGUCUCGUUUUGGGCCUCGCUGGCCUUCAUCCGUUACAUUUACUGCAGCUUGAAGAUGGACUGAAGGAGAAUGUAAAAGUAGAAGAAUGCGGCCUAUCUCUUUAGCCCUGUCUGGACGGGAUUAGAUUUUCUCAGGGGGACGUCUACUCAGUGAUAAAACUCUCCUGCAUCCGGACUGCAAUUGAAAAAACAGGAGGAUCAGUGAGAUUUUAGGCUUUUUUCUCGGUCACAUGACAUCACAUAACGCUGUUCAGUAGCUCCUCCAUUUCCACUCGCUGUUGUGUUUACAGUAUGUGGAUCGAAACUCAGAGAUGUGCGUCCGGACGGGACUAAAAUUACCGGAGGAGCACGGAGUUCAGAGAAAAACAGUAGAUAAUUCAGCCUGUAAUUCUCAGACGUCCUCUGAGAAAUAAAACAUGUACAUGAUCGUUCUGGACGGGAAUAAAAUCACAGAGAAAAUUACCCCAGAACACCCGAGAAACUAAUCCUAUCCAGAUAGGGCUUUUCUCUUUCUCUCUCUUUUUAAAUUAAUUUUCUGUCUUCUUUGCUCUCUCUCUCUUUUUCUCUUUCUCUCUUGCACUCUCUGCCUUGUUGGACAAGAACAUCUUGGCUCAUCCACCAGUUCCCAAGGAGCCUGAUCCGUUCAUAUUUUGCUGGAAUGUUACAGUUCAUCCUCAAACUGACAUCAGAAUAGAUAAAUUAUCGAAGAAUCUAAUAAUAAUCUAAUAGAGUCACACAGCUGGUGGUUUGAGAGAAGGAAUUAAGUCUGAAUUAAGUUUGUGUCAUAUGUUUUUUUUUUUUAUUAUUAUUAUUUUUUUUUUUUUGCUGUUGAGACCUUGAGAUGCUUGAAAUUCUUGAAGGAAUGCUUCGGCUUUUCUCAGCAUAAUGUUUUCAGGUCACAUCUGCACCAUGUGGUCUCUUUCCACAGUCAUUUCCUUUCCUUGUGUUUAGGAAGGAACAGAAAACCUAUUUUAUUUUUAUUUUUUUCUCUUCCAUGAAUGUGCUUUAGAAUGGGCAAGCGGAAUAAGGCUAUGCAGCCACAAUGAUCAGGAGAUCGCUGGUUCGAAUCCCGGUCAUUCAGCUCGCCAUCAGCAGCCAGAGCCAGAGCACAAUUGCUUCAAUCUUGCUCUCUCUGGGUGGGUACAGUACAGUAGAUGGCGCUCUUCUUUCCCCUCAUAACCCCUAGGGUGAUGUGGAUCCUUGAAUCAGCAUUAGGCUGCAUCUGUGAGCUGAUGUAUCAGAACCGAGUCGCUGGGCUUUCCUCCGAGCACUUAGAAAAGGGGCGGAGUCUGACUUCUGUAUUGGAGGAGGCAUGUGCUGGUCUUCACCUAAUUUAUAGGGAUAAUCGGUAUAUAUAAAUUGGGGAGGAAAAAAAUUUCAUUAAAUAAAAAAAGUGCUUUAAAUAAAUUAGGUUUUCUGUACUUUUACUAAAUUCUCCCUGGAAGAAGAUCACACAUGGUACAAAUGCAUUAGAUUAGGUUACAACAAAUGCUAAAAACAGCGACAUUCCUUUAAGUAUAUAGCUGAUGAUACAAUAUACAGCUAUGGAACAAUUGAAGAGAGCACUUCAUUUUCUGAAUCAGUUUCUCUGAUUUUGCUAUUUAUAGGUUUAUGUUUGAGUAAAAUGAACAUUGUUGUUUUAUUCUAUAAACUACAGACAACAUUUCUCCCAAAUUACAAAAUAAAAACAUUCUCAUUUAGAGCAUUUAUUUACAGAAAAUGAUGAGAAAUGACUGAAAUAACAAAAAAGAUGCAGAACUUUCAGACCUCAAAUAAUGCAAAGAAAACAAGUUCAUAUUCAUAAAGUUUAAUAGUUUCAUGUUCUCCUCCACCAGUCUUACACACUGCUUUUGGAUAACUUUAUGCUGCUUUACUCCUGGUGUAAAAAUUCAAGCAGUUCAGUUUGGUGGUUUGAUGGUUUGUGAUCAUCCAUCUUCCUCUUGAUUAUAUUCCAGAGGUUUUUAAUUUGGUAAAAUCAAAGAAACUCAUCAUUUUUAAGUACUCUCUUAUUUUUUUUCCAGAGCUAAUACUAGACAAUUGGAUCUGGUUCAUAGCUGUUGAGUGCGAAGUCUACUCAAGGCCAUGGAAAAUAUAUAUUUGAUUUUUUCUGUAUGAACUAUAAACUGGGAUUCCCUAUGAAUUUCAAGUGCAAAAAGCUGAAAAUACUUCGUUCAUUAUCCAGAUAAUUCAUGUGAAGGACUUACACGUGUAUAAUUUUGUAUAAGGGACAUGGAUUUUUCUUAAAAAUAAGGGUUGUUUUGAAAAACUUGGUUACAUAAAGUGUGUGGAAGUUGUUGUUGUCCAUGGAAUGAGUGGUGCAUUGAAUAUUUGUGAGGGUUUACAUUAAUUUUGGGUUGAAAAAGGGCAUUUACUGUAAAUGAACUUUUGAAGAGAUUGCUUGGUGAAAGCUGAUGUGAAUCUAACAGGCUUUCACAUGCUGCUUCUACUCCACAAAUUCAUGUUAUUGUCAUUUAGAGCUUUUAUUUA